AGCUUAUAUUUAAAAGGCCAAGGUCCUAACAGACGAAGCAACACAUAGAACAAAGCAGAGAUAAGAAAGAAAGAAAUGGAAGAGGUGAUGGUGUACUGGCUGAAGCUGGUAGGCAUGUCGCUGAUCGGAAUGGUGUUAAUGGUGAAGCUGGGAGCGUCACUGUGGUGGAGACCCUUCAAAAUCCAAGCCCAUUUCUCCCGCCAAGGAAUCAGAGGUCCUCCUUAUCGGUUCUUCAUCGGAAACCUCCACCAAGUCGUCUCCAUGAUGCUCCACGCUUCCUCUCAGCCUAUCUUCCCUUUCUCUCACAACAUCCUCCCCCGAGUCCUCUCCUUCUACCAUCACUGGAAGAAGCUUUACGGUGCAACAUUCCUGGUGUGGUUUGGACCCACGGUUCGUCUCGCCGUGUCUGAUCCGGACCUGAUAAGAGAAAUCUUCACCUCCAAGUCCGAAUUCUAUGAGAAAAACGAAGCGCCGCCGCUCGUGAAGCAGCUUGAAGGCGAUGGACUGCUCAGCCUCAAAGGAGAGAAAUGGGCUCACCACCGGAAAAUCAUCCCGACUUUCCACAUGGAAAAUCUCAAAUUGUUGAUACCGGUGAUGGCGACCGCCGUGGGGGACAUGUCGGAGAAGUGGUCUGAGAUGUCGUCGUCGGAGAGUAGGGGUGAAGUGGAAAUCGAGGUUUCAGAGUGGUUUCAGACGUUGACAGAAGAUGUCAUUACGAGAACGGCUUUCGGAAGCAGCUACGAAGAUGGCAAAGCCAUCUUCAGACUCCAAGCCCAACAAAUGGUAUUAGCCGCCGAUGCCUUCCAAAAAGUUUUCAUCCCAGGUUACAGAUUCUUUCCGACGAGGAGGAAUAUAAGAUCAUGGAAGCUGGACAAGGAGAAAAGAUCGGUGGUGAAACUGAUAGAGAAGCGAAGAGAAGAGAAGGAAAUAGAGGAGGAGGAGGAAGGAGGAGCGGCGAAGGAUUUGCUGGGACUGAUGAUGAAGGCGGAGAGCGGGAAGGUGACGGUGGAGGACAUGGUGGAGGAGUGCAAGAGCUUCUUCUUCGCAGGGAAACACACGACAUCGAACCUGCUGACGUGGACCACCAUCCUCCUCGCGAUGCAUCCUCAGUGGCAGCUCCUCGCACGUGACGAGGUGCUUCGAGUUUGCGGUUCCUCACGCGACCUGCCCACCAAAGACCAGCUCCUCAAGCUCAAGACGCUCAGCAUGAUUAUCAACGAAUCGUUAAGGUUGUACCCCCCAACAAUUGCAACAAUUAGGCGAGCCAAAACUGACGUGGAUCUGGGGGGCUACAAGAUCCCACGUGGGACCGAGAUCCUGAUUCCAAUCCUGGCCGUCCAUCACGAUCCAGCAAUAUGGGGCAACGACGUGAACGAAUUCAAUCCUGGCCGUUUCUCGGAGGGAGUGGCCCGCGCUGCAAAGCAUCCAUUGGCGUUCAUACCAUUUGGUUUGGGUGCGCGCACAUGUAUCGGACAAAAUCUCGCAAUGCUGCAAGCCAGGCUUGCUUUAGCUAUGAUACUACAGCGUUUUAGUUUCAGGUUGGCCCCACACUAUCAACACGCUCCGACGGUCUUGAUGCUUCUCUACCCUCAAUACGGGGCGCCCAUCAUUUUCAGACCCUUGUGAUGAACGGUCCUGAUUCCAUUGGCUAUCAUCCUAUGUAUCUCCGUUUGUGUGGGAACAUAUAUAAUUUUUUUUUUCAGAAAAUUAACUCAAGCCCACAAUUUUCAAGGGAUAAAGUUCACCGUGGUUACGAUCCCUUUUUCAAGAAUUUAGGUUUAUAAUGUAGUAUGUAUAAAUGUGGAUCAAAGUGGGGCCUGAGUCCGCCUGAUAUAUGCUUUUGAUAGCAUUUUCAUCGGAAAUAUAUAUAUAUAUAUAUAUAUAUGAGCGUAUAUGGGAAUUAAAUUACCAUGGUGACCUUCCCAUUUGUUUAGCGACCUGUGGAACAGAGUUACAGUGGCGUCUUGAUGUGAGGAUUUUGGUCUUGUUAUUCAGAAUUGCAAUGUAAACAAUAGACGGCUAACAGCUAAUUUAUAUAGCUACUUCACCAUUUUGUCA